AUGUUCAACCUCUCCACUAUUGUCCUUAUGGCAUUUGCUGCAUGCCACGCUUUCGGUAAUUAUAUCGCCUAUCUGUCUCCCGGGUGUGAUGGCCCUGAACAUAGCCUCGAAUCGUAUCGCGGUUGCGUUUCAGUGACAGACACGCGCUUGGCAGUGACAACAGUGGCUACAACGACUGAGCACCAUCGCCUAGAAGACAUUGCUAUCUUCGUUUAUACUGGUACUUCAUGUGAUGGAAGCUACGCGCAACUGGAAGUAGGCAUCUGUUAUGAGAUGGAGGGCUUCCACUCUGUAAAAGUAGUCUAUCUUCCAGACAAAAAACCCGACGGCCUAGGAAACAGCCCGGCUAUAGCAGACGCUCCAUACAUGACCUACCAAGGUUCUCCAUUCGCAAACGCCCGCAGAUAUCGCCAAAGCCAGCUGAACCCGCAGAAGCCCAUGCACAAGGAAAUCGAUCACCUUGUUGAAAACAGUAAACAGGGAGAGCACCGCAUUUCUGACUGCCAAGAUGACGUGGUUCUUAGUUCUAUCCAGGACGAAGUGGUGCACUUGGUGAACAACCAUCGAGUUGCCAAUGGGUGCAGUAGACUCGCAACUGUCUCGCACCUCGCAAAUGCCGCUCAGGGCCACUCGAACGAUAUGGCCUCGCGAGGAUACUUUAGCCAUACUACUCCCGAGGGAGUACCGUUUACGAACCGUAUCCUGAACGCUGGAUAUAAAUUCAGAAGCGCCGCCGAGAAUAUAGCAAAAGGGCAGACUAGUGCUGCCGACGUGGUAGAGGCAUGGAUGAAAAGUCCUGGGCAUCGGGCUAACAUUCUGGAUUGCGCUCUUCAGCAUACGGGUGUUGGGGCCGCUACAGGGUCGGAUGGAAGUUGGUAUUGGACUCAGGAUUUUGCAAGUCCUGCGUGA